AUGGUGGCGAGCGAGACGCAGGGCGAGGCGCACGCUGCGCUCCUCGCUUUCCUCGCAGCAAUCAAGGAGCAGCCGGACCUCCUCCACUUUUACCUGACUGAGCUGCUCCCCGACGUCGCAGCCUCCUUUAAGACGGGCGGCGCUGCCAGCUGCGACCGGCUCGGCGCCAUCAAGCUGCUCCUGCUCGCGUGCACGCUCAGCUCAGCUGAGGCGGCGCCGGCGCUCUUCUCCCUCACGCUGCCGCUCCUCAUCCACGGCAUGAGCGUCGCCGCGGACGGGCCGCCAUCAAAGGUGGGCGCGGAGCUGUCGGCGGUGGCGCACGCCGCCCUCACGGCGCUCGCCAGCCGGUCGGCGGACGCAUUCCGCGCUUCUGUCGCAAAUUUCUCCACCGAGACGCGGUCGCGGAUGGAGGUUGCCAUCCGGGAGGAGCAGGCGAAGAAGCAACGCGCGGUGGCCGCGUCGCCCGGUGCCGCUGUCACCGCCGCCAAGCCCAAGAUUGCGCUCAAGAUGGACUUUGGCAGCUUCUCCGCCAAGGCGUAG